CUGGCGCUGGCCACGGUGUUGGGCAAUGCCCUGGUCAUUCUGGCGUUCGUAGUGGACCGGAGCCUCCGCACGCAGGGAAACUUCUUCUUUCUCAACCUGGCUAUCGCUGACCUCCUGGUGGGCGGCUUCUGCAUCCCCCUGUACAUCCCCUACGUGCUGACGGGCGAGUGGAGACUCGGCAAGGGCUUGUGUAAGCUGUGGCUGGUUGUAGACUACCUGGUGUGCACCGCCUCGGUCUUCAACAUCGUCCUGAUCAGCUUUGACAGGUUCAUCUCUGUCACCAAAGCGGUCAGCUACAGGGCUCAGAAAGGGAUGACCAGAAAUGCAAUACUGAAGAUGAUCACUGUUUGGAUUGCUGCUUUUCUUCUCUAUGGUCCAGCCAUUCUCAGCUGGGAGCACAUUGUCCAAAAAAGCAUCCUCCGUGAGGGAGAAUGUCAUGCAGAAUUCUUCUACAAUUGGUACUUUCUAAUGAUUGCCUCUACUAUUGAAUUCUUUACACCUUUCAUCACUGUUACAUACUUUAACUUAAGUAUUUACCUCAACAUCAGGAAACGCACGUUGCUCAGAAACGAAAACCUAACACCUGGUCAAGAGGACUGUGAAAUGAGCUUCCAGGGGAAAGAAAGGGAACACACUGUAUUUUUUGUUAAAACUGCUAACAGACACAAGCAUGAGAAGAGAGCAAGCAGCCUUUCUCCCCAGAAAAAGAUUUCAAGGCUCAGCCUACGUAAGCCUGACAAUCAGUCAUUAAAUCUGAACGUCAAUCAAGAUCUUCCACCACUUGAGGUUGAAGUUGAGACCAAGCCUCACAGGAAUGGUUUCUACAAAACUACAGAAAGCAUAUGCAACACCACCAGCAGAGUGGAUAUUGCUAACACUAUGGCAAAUAGAUUUAGACUUUCAAGGGAUAAAAGAGUGGCAAAGUCCUUAGCAAUUAUUGUCUGUGUGUUUGGUUUGUGUUGGGCUCCAUACACACUUUUGAUGAUCAUCAGAGCAGCUUGCCAUGGGCACUGUGUGCAGUAUUCACUCUAUGAGACUUCAUUUUGGCUUCUGUGGGUGAAUUCAGCCAUUAACCCUGUUCUAUACCCACUGUGUCACAUGAGCUUUCGGAAAGCCUUUAUAAAACUCCUGUGUCCACGAAAAGCCAAAAUUCAUCCUCAUAUUUUUACAUGA